GGGGGGUAAGCACAGUGGGUCCGGCUGCCUGCUCCUGCUGGUGCUGCGCCUACGAGCAUUCCCAGUGUGACAUCUCCAUUCCAACCCUUUCAAAGACCUCUGGAAUCACACCCUUGGCUCUGGAAGCUCGCAAAGGGAACCCGAGGGGACAAGAGGCACCGGUGCAUGCUUAGAGCCGGCGUGGGGGUGUCUGUGAGGCGAAUUGUGCCGUGGAGUGAAAGCCGAAGACGAGGAAGAAGUGUGUGUGUGUGUGUACGUGUGUUACGAGUUGCCACAAACCGCUAGCAACUGAGGCUGGAUGAAGUCAUGAGGGGUGCCCACUAACUCUCCUCCUUUGCCUGACGUGUGGGAAAAGAACUCAAAAGGGCUCAAACAUUCAUCUCUUUGCGGUGAGACUCUGAGUGAUGUGUGAGCCUCCAGGACCUACAAGAACAGCCUCAGCCUUCGUCAGUGCCUCGCGAUGCCUCAGAAGCUAAAACUAGUGACCCAAGUGCCUGACGAAGGGCUGAGUGUGGUGAGGACUUAAGGGCAGUGUGGUGGAGAUGCCGGACGACAGGAGGUGACAUAGACGGCCUUGAUAACGCCCCCCAGUGAUAGAAAGGUCAAGGGUCGUGGUGUUUGAGGUGAGAGAUGUGUGACUGAUAAAGAUUGGUGAAGAUUUGUGGAUAUUUGUGUCAGAACGCACGUGAGAAAGGGAAGAUAAGGAGAGAGAGGAGGAGAGAAAAGAGAGGUGAAGGAGGAGGAGGAAUAACCUGGGAGUGUUGAGGACGGAGUAAAAGUGGUAUAAAUAGAAGAAAAUAAUAAUAAUAAUAAUAAUAAUACGGGAAAUUUGCCUGAAGGAAACAUUGCAAAGGGAAGAGUAAAGGAGAGGAAGAGGAGGGUCAGUAAAGAAUAACUACUGAAGAAGACGAAGAAAAGGAAGAAAAAAAAGAAGUAAAAGAAGAAAAAAGAAGAAGAAAAAGAAGAAGCAGAAGAAGAAGUGGAAGAAGAAGAAGAAGAACACCCCCAAACCCUUCUUCAUGGAUUCCUGACCUCACCUGCCCCACCCCACCCCCACUAUUCCUCCACAACCCCCCCCUCCACCCCCUCUGUCAACGUGUACCUCAACCAACCUGCUCUCCACCCUCACUAACCCCGCUUCCCUAACCCCUUCCUCACGCCCCACCCCCUAACCAAGCCGACAGCCCCCCAAAAGAAACCCCCAGCAAAUAGACCCCUUGGCAAGCCCCCCCCCCUUAAAUCAAUAUCCCCUCAGGUAAUCGCCCCCUUCCCUUCCCAAGAUAUCCCAUUCCCCAAUACCAGCCAUCCUGUCCCCCUUAGAUACCCCUCCCCAUCUCUCUCUCUCUCUCUCUCUUCCUCCACAGCCUGUCCCCUUUUCCUCCCCCCCAUAACCCAAGGCAUCUUCCCCUCCUUCCCCUUCCCCCCCAUCACCUGCCCCUCACCAUCUCAACAUAACCAGUCGAAGAUGAAAGCUGUUGGAGCCUGACGGAAACCACCACCACCACCACCACCACCAUCACCACCACCACCACCAUCACCACCACCACCAUAAUCACCAGCAAGCAUGAGACCCUUCACCGCCACCACCAGGCUACUUCGGCGGGUGUUGAUAGGCUCCCUUGCCCCGAGAACCCGGCAGACGGUGAGGACAGCGGUGAUAGCUCUCGUCUCCGCCCUCGCUCUUGUCGCUAUCUUCCACCUGGCGAGACUGGCCGAGCACCCCGUCAGUGAGAAUGUUGUGGACGGACCAGCGCCGAAGGAACGCCAGCAUCAGUAUCAUCAUCAGCUGUCGGAAGAGGAGGAGGACGAGGAGGAGGAUGGACCCUGGGUAGCCGACGGGAUCCUGAAGGCACACAACGGGAAGGCAGUGUCUCCCCAGGGCCCUAACGACGAGUGGCAGGAGGCGCGCGUGCUGGCGGAGCAGAUGGCCGCGGCCGUGGGUGCCGAGGGGCCGGGCUCCCCCGUGCAGGACAUCCUGGCGCGGUCUAGGCCUGGCACCGGGCGUGUGCGGCCCAUCCUGAACGUGCCGGUGGGGCGCGACAUCAUGGACCACGACAUUCAGCGGCUUAGGAAGAUGAGCCGCUCGCAGACCCGCCCCGCCAACGCCACGGAGGUGACCCAGACGCUGGAGCUGGUGCGCCGCAAGGUGGAGGGCGACAGGAAGAAGAUGAGCAGCAAGACGCUGCGGCUGUGGUCCCCCGGCGAGGUGCCGCUGCGCGUGCUGCUGGUCACCACCUGGCGCUCCGGCUCCACCUUCCUGGGGCAGGUGCUGGCCACCCACCCCGGCGUGUUCAACCACUACGAGCCCUUCAGCCCCCUCGGCGUGCGCCAGGUCCGCUCCGGCCGAGACGCCUUCCAAGCCCAGCAGAUGCUGCAUCGCCUCAUGGACUGCCAGUACGCCGGCCAGGACGACUACCUCAACUACACGCGCGCGCACGCCGAGGACAUGCUGGGCCACAACAAGGGCGUGUGGGACGCCUGCCGCCAGGGCCCCAACGUCAACGCCUGCUUCAACGCCUCCUUCCUGUCCGAGGCGUGCCAGAUGUUCCCCAUCCAGCUGGUCAAGACGGUGCGGCUGCGGCUCAACCUGACGCAGCUCUUCCUCAACGACGAGCGCAUGAACGUGAAGGUCGUGUUCCUGGUGCGUGACCCACGCGGCACCAUGAGCUCGCGCUACAGCUCCGUGUCCUGGUGCACUGACAACACCGACUGCUCCUCGCCCGAGGUGCUCUGCUCCGACCUGCAGGGCGACCUCAAGGUGGCCACGGCCCUCGGCAAGCUGUACCCGGACCGGUUCACGAUGCUCAAGUACGAGGACCUGGCCCUGGACCCUAACCAGACCAUCAAGAACCUCAUGGACUUCCUGGGAAUGGAGUUCUCGGCAGAGACGGCGCGCUUCGUGCAGGAGAACACGCAGCAGAACAACAACAGCCCCUGGAGCAUCAAGCGGAAGUCGGCGGAUCGCGUGAGCCUGUGGAAGAAGCAGCUGCCCCUCCAGGAGAUCCAUACCAUCCAGAACGCCUGCGAGUCUGUCCUCAAGACGCUGGAGUACGAGCUGGUGGGCCAGUGAGGGCGAGGGAGCCUCCUUCUCCUUCGUCAGGCAAACCUGCGAAGGUGUAGAUUAGACUCUUCCAGUUGGUUCUCCUCAGCGGCCUCGUCGCGUGGGGAACUCCACUGCAUGCUUUCAUGAGGGUCCGGACCUUCCUUAUACACCUCAGCCUUCUCAGGACCCACCGCGGCCACGUACGCUAAGAGGAAGAGGAAGACUUGUACUCUUGACUUGGCUCUUCGACAAACCAAACAAACGCUGGAGAAACGUAACACUUGGAUGAGCAUGAACACUAGAAAAGCGUAAACACUUAAGAUUAGAACAAAAUGAAGAACGCUAAGAUACGGAUGAACACACAAGAAGAAUGGAGAACUUAAACAAACCAAGACGGAGAUACGAACGAAUACUUUUAGGAAGAGAACUGCAUUAACUGACACUUAAGAAGAAACACGAACAAGACAGCAAAAAAAGCCAACACUAAGAUUAUGAGCAACUGAACACUUGAGAAACAUAUAAAAACAGAGGCAAAGAACUUCGUGAACGCUUAUGAAGAACAAAGAACAUGAACAAACAACUUUUAAGAUAGGCAACAACAGAACACUUAAGGAAAUAAAGUAAAAAAAAAAAAAUGGAGAGACAUAAAUAACUAAUUUUGGACGUAACUGAAGCUUAUCAUCAAUAUUAGAUUAAGCAUAACAUUUCUUCAUACUUAUUCUCACCCCAACGUUUGCCUUAAAGUCGUUGCAUCGCUGUGGGACUUCAGAAGCCUUCACGCACACGCACGCAAAACGUUUCCGUCCGUCGGCGUCUCUGGGCAUAGACUCGUUAAAUCAAAGGGAGAGACUCGUUUUUAAGGGAGGCUAGUGUGUCAGAGGCUCAGUUUUUAAGGGAGAUCAUCCGUCCAUUCGCUUCCUUGAGCCUGUCUGUAAUAACAUCCUUUUGAGCUUUAAUAGGAGUCCUUUACUAGAGUCCUUCAGGAAAUGUCUUUAAUAGUUUAAUCCUUCUUCUUCCGCCCUCCGAAGACGCCUAACAGAUCCUUCUCCUUCGGCUGUGUGAUUGGGAGUCCUUCGUUCUGAAUCCUUCCUAAAGCCGCCCAUCUUUCUCUGUUCCUUUCUGUCUCCUGUUUCCUGUCUCUUCCUUUCUCUCCUCUGCCUUUCUCCUUCCUCUCUGCCUGCCUCCUGUCUUUUAUCUCUUCAUUUCUCUCUUCGACUGUCUCAUGCUCCCUUGCUGCCUUCCUCCAUGUUCUCCUCCUUUCUGCUUUGUCUCCUUUCUUCUUCUUCUGUCCCAUGUUCCUCCGGCCAUCCUUCUCCUUCUCUUCCUUUCUCCCUCCUGUCGCCUUCCCUCUCCCUCUUGCCUCCUCUUUUUCACCAUCUUCUGUCUCUUGUUUCCUUCUCCUUCCUCCUUCACCACUUCGUCGACCUUGAAAUGAACGGACUGCCUGUUUUUUUUAUUUUUUUAUCUGCUUUUAUUUUGCGUGUGGAGAAUAACAGAACGUAAAGCAUCGGUACACACACACACACACACACACACACACACACACACACACACACACACACAUUCCAUAAUAAAGUUGGCUGUCUUAACUCCGGAGUCGCGUAGUUAACUUGGCAACACUGCAGCAAGUCAAGGGUAUUAGAUCCUAUAAUGAGCUUACUUUAGGGAGUCGAAAUUCCUCUUAAACAGACAUUGAAAAAAGAAAAAACACGACAGCUUUCUCCUCUAAUGAACCCGCGUUGAACUAUAAGUGAUGAAAGACUGCUGGAAAUACGAAUAGAAUCAAUAGACGAAUGAAAGAAGAUUAUAAAUGAUACUCAAGUCUUUUACGAAUGCAGCUUUUGGAAGAGUGAUGAAAAUGAGUUAAUAUAAAUGGAUAAGGACGUUGUUGUUGUUUAUUAAUGCCACUACGUAUUCUAUAAAGGUACUAAAGGUAUAGUUGGGUCCAUACGCUAUAGGUGCGCGUGGCCUCAGUGCUCAUCUCCGUCGCAUUGGCCCUGGAGCUUGUGGUGGGUGAAUCAUGAUCGUUUUAAAGAUGAUGAGCGUAAGAGAAGAUGGAUGCAAGAGUGUCUAAGUGAUGGAACGAAGAUAAGACGGAUUUAACAAGUGAGAGAGUGAUGUUGCUGUCUCUUCUAACGCAGCUAUAUACUGAUAAGUUGAAUGAUAAUAGCAAUGAAAAGAGGAAGAAGUGCAUGGAAAUCUAUAUGUGUCAGUAGCGAAUCUUGUGUGGAAAAACGAUUGAAAACCACUCUUGUCCAACACUUUUGAGAGACGAUGAAAAGUUGUUGAAUGGACUGUCUUAGCGUGCGUAUAGUACCGUUGCCGCUACUCCCUCCGUCACAUAACAUUCCUCGGGUACCUGGUAGGCGCUAGGUACUAUGGCUUAUAUUUUCGGCAGGUGACACUUGCUUAUAUUCUUCUCUCGUCACUGCACUCUUGAAGAACGGACCGUCUUCACACACAGGGCUCAGAGGAGUGUUUGUCAGAUCCUUCACCACGCUUAUUCAUGUAGAAGUGCUGUCUGUCACUUUGGACCUUGAAAGAAGUGGAAAAAGAUGACUGUGGAUGAAAAACGAGAAAAAUGACGUCGUGCGCAUACCGUGAAUCAUCUGUUUUCUUAAUGUUUGGUUUGUUUACGUUUAUAGACACGUGUGUAAAGGAGUGAGUGGCUUAGGAGUGAGGUAUGGAAUGAGAGAGUGUGUCAUAGUAGACCGUGGAUUUUGUUUUUGUUUUUAAUGUUGGUUUAAUUGGUUUUAUGGAUACGUGUAUGUGUAAAAGGUUUAUAAAUGAAGUAAGAAUAGAGGGAUAUAUAUGUGUUUAGUGUACAGAUUGUGAGCUUAUUGUUUCUUGUCUUUAAUUAGUUUGAUAGGUACAUGUGUAAUUGAAUAACAGGUGUAAACGUAGAGUAAGAAAUUGAGGAGGAAUAUGAAUGUGAUGUACAGAAUGUGAUUUACUAAUGUCUGUUCUUUUGUUUAGUUCUAUAGAUAUUGUAAGCGUCUGCGUGAAAGUUCUAUAAGUGAAAUAAGUUGAAAAAAAAAGAUGAUGCGUGUCGUGUACAGCCUGUUAUUUGAUACUUGCUUAUUAUUAUUAUUUUAUUUCUAAUUAGUGGCAGUUUAAGUUUCAUGACAGGUGUGUGGAAAGAUAAUUUGUUUUGGGGUAACUGUGUAAUUUGAUGAUGAUGAUGAUGAUGAUGAUGAGGUGAAUAUGACACAAACUUUCACAUCAAGACAAGAAAUAAAAACAAAAAAAAUUGUGGAAAAAUAAUUUGUUUGGGGUAACUGUGUAAUUUGAUGAUGAUGCUGAUGAGGUGAAUAUGACACAAACUUUCACAUCAAGACAAGAAAUAAAAAAUAAAAAAUAAUUAACAAAAAAAAAAAUAUCAUGAGUACUUUUUUACUUUAUUUAUGUUACCUGUUUGUGUCACGCCAUUCACCUGUUAAUUAAAAGAGGAGAAAAGAGGAACAACAGAUGAUAUCCACCUGUCUAUGUAUCUGUUCGUUACGUUGUGUGUUUUAUGUAUAUCGUCUUUUCAAACACCAUUUUUUUUAUAUCUUCGUUUAUUUUUAUUCAUCAUGUAGUUUAUUUCUCAUUAUAUAUAACAGUCUACAUUUAGUUCCAGUGUUUAUGUAUAUGCUUAAUGUCUGUUUAACUUCCUCAUCCAUCCUUCAUGUGUGUGUGUGCAUGUGUGUGUGUGUGUGUGUGUGUGUGUGUGUGUGUGUGUGUUUAGCUCCACGUCAUCAUUUUAUACCUGCUUAUGUUUUUCCUUCCAUCUGUUUGUCUCUGUCUUUUCUUAUGGAAGGAAGGAACGAAGGAAGGAAUCUUAAAAUAUAUCAAGUUUUCGUACGAGAGUUGUGUUGUAAUUGAAGCAAACAUAUCAGAGAGAGAGAGAGAGAGAGAGAGAGAGAGAGAGAGAGAGAGAGAGAGAGAGAGAGAGAGAGAGAGA